AUGGCGACACACUCCCACGACGAUGGAGCCGCGCACUCGCAUUCCCACGAUCCCACCAACGGACAUGGCCACACGCAUGAGGUCCUCGACGGGCCCGGCUCCUACCUGCACCGCGAGAUGCCUAUCGUGCAGGGGCGAGACUUCGCCGACCGCGCGUUCACCAUCGGGAUCGGCGGGCCCGUCGGCUCAGGGAAGACGGCGCUGAUGCUGGAGCUGUGCCUCGCACUUCGGAAGGAGUACAACAUCGCGGCCGUGACGAAUGACAUCUUCACGCGAGAAGACGCCGAGUUUCUCACCAAACACGGCGCCCUGGCCCCAGAGCGGAUCGUAGCCAUCGAGACUGGUGGAUGUCCGCAUGCCGCUGUGCGGGAGGAUAUCAGCGCGAAUCUGCUUGCUCUGCAGGGGUUACAUGCGAAAUUCCAGACGGAUUUGCUGCUGAUUGAAAGCGGAGGAGACAACCUGGCUGCUAAUUAUAGUCGGGAGCUGGCGGACUUCAUCAUCUAUGUCAUUGAUGUCGCCGGCGGUGACAAAGUGCCCAGAAAAGGUGGUCCAGGCAUCACCGGGAGUGAUCUACUAGUCAUCAAUAAAUGCGAUUUGGCGGAUGCGGUGGGCGCCGAUGUUGACUUGAUGGAGAGGGAGGCAAACAAAAUUCGUGAAGGAGGGCCCGUGGUUAGAGCAGUCAUCAAGCACGGUGUCGGUGUCCAACAGACCGUGGACAUGAUCAUCUCCGCCUGGAAGAGUACCGAUGGCUACAUCGAGUCCAGGAGGAGGUGGUCGAAAGGCGGUGCAAAGGGAAGUGGUGAGCAGCCGGUCGUCAAUCGGUAUACACAUGUCCCGCACGAUUGA